CAGCAAUAAGUUGUAUUUUUUUAAAAAGAUGAAAGAAAUCCCGUAAAGUUUAUCUGGCGCAGUCGUGUGGAUCGGUUUCCGUCUAAGUGUUCGAAGUUUAAAAAAUUUCCGCCUAAGUGCCACCGCGAGUGAAUAUUGUGUUGCAGUGAUUUUUUUUAACAUCAAAGAACACAGUGCGAGGAACCAUCGACCACUAACGGAAAAUCUCGAACGGACAUCGAGAUUGGAAGGACGCAAAGAAGAAUCUAUUCACCACUGACCUGAUGAGAUGAAGAAACAUACCGGAACCUUCCUCUACCUCAUUAUAUCUACAUUCCUUACCAUAUCAUAUCCUCAAACCAUUCAAAUAAGCGAAAUAACCAACAACGCAGGAGCGUUGAUUCUUGAAAAGGGGGAGGGUAGAAUAAUAGCUGGCUACAGUAGAAUUUUACAUAUAAUCGAAUUAACACAAUUUGAAGUCUCAAUAAAAUUCAUAGAAAAUGUAAUAUCAAUUCUCCCAAAUACAAAUGGUCCUUUCUCUGUAUUAAUAAAAGCAACAUUAAUCGAUGUAAAACACCUUUAUAAUAAUUUGCAACCCAGAAAUAUCAGAAGUAAAAGGUCAAUCAAUUUUCUAGGCAGUGUAAUCAAAUUAGUAACAGGAAACUUAGAUGCAAACGACCUACAAAUAAUUAAUUCGAAUAUGGAGAAUUUGAAAACAACCGAAGAAAACCUUGUAAAACAAAACAAUAAUCAAUUGAAAAUAAAUACCAGAUUUGAAGACAGAAUAAAUUUUAUAAACGAUCAGUUCAGAAGCCAGCACAAUUUAUUAAAAGAAUUAUCAUUACAGAAUAACUACUUGCUUACCGAAGACGAAAAAAUUUCCAUUAUCUUCAAUUUGUACACAUUGUUCGACAUACUCAAUUCCAUAGAAAAUGCAAUAGUGUUAGCAAAACUCAAUAUUGUUAGUAGAUUUAUCCUCACUCAGAAAGAGUUAGAAAUGAUAGCUCAGGAAAUCCAAAGUGACGGGUUGAACAUCCAGAAUUUAGACGACGCCUACAGCUACUUAUCUCCAACUGUGUUCUACCGAGGAUCAUCUUUAAUAAUAUGUGCGAAUAUCCCGAGAUUGAUACCGACCCACUUCAAGAAACUCAGCGUUGAACCAUUACCAUACAAUAAUCGAACCAUCAAGAUAAACUAUAAAAACGUACUCCAACAUGACAGCACAAUUUUUGCCAUCCGAACAAAUUGCGAAGAACACAAUGACGUUACUUUAUGCGAGAGAAAACAAUUAACAGAUAUCAGCAACGAUCAAUGCGAAAGUCGAUUGAUCCAAGGACAAACAGGCAAGUGACAGAAAAAUACCCAUCAACAGAAGUCAUUCAGCUAUCACAUGGAACACUGCUAGUAAAAGCUAUAUCUGGAAAUGCAUCAAUAAAUAGCACCUGUGGAACACAUCAUAAAACCCUUAGAGGAAUUUUCCAAAUCACAUUCCAUAAUUGUUCAAUAUACGUCAACAACGAGCUCUAUGAAAACUACGAAAUAGAAUUUCAUCAUCCGAUAAUACUACCGCUACAACCACACAAAAUUCAAACAUUGCAUAUCGAACGUCACGUAAAUUUAUCAGAGCUGCAAGAACUUCACAUUGAAAACAGAGAACAUCUAAAAACAUUAGACCUCAACCACCGCAUAGGAUUCGGCAUCAUCAGCACAACGAUAAUCAUUAUGAUGAUUGGUUCAACUUUAUAUUUCAUUAAACGUCAACUGAAAUCAAUAAACAAACAAAAUUGCUCGGGACGAGCAAAACUUGAGGGGGGACGAGUUAAAACCGAAACAUCAGUCACUAACAAAGAAACAUCACUCAUAUCGCACAUCCAGCCGGACCCGAUACCAAGGAAAGCGGAGACAUCACUUUCUCGAGCAUCGAUCGUUCCCACAGCAUCAGCACUUCAAGCCAUGCCAGCAUCAACCCAUAAACAUCAGGAAGCGUACGAGAAUAAACUCAUAAAUUAUCCCGUCGCCCGAUCGUCCGAUCGGUCCUGAACAAACAACCAUUGUUCUCCAUCUAGCAACCCAGUUUAAGUCAGCAUAAUUCUAAGUGAGGAAUAGGUUUCCCU